CCUUGAUCACGUAUAAGAUGCUCCUCCGUCCGCUCCUCGAGACGCAGUACCGACUCUCCAAGUUCACGACCAACCACUACACUCUGUUUCACUAUUUCCAUACAGCAACCCCAACUUUUUCACCAAACAACCCUCCCACCACCGCAAAGAUGCCUUCUUACAUUGUUACCCUCAAGGACACCGCUACCGACGAGGAGAUCGCCAAGACCAAGGAGGACGUCAAGGCGCAGGGCGGCAAGAUUGGCCACGAGUACACCCUCAUCAAGGCCUUCCAGGCCAUCUAUCCCGAGGGCUCUGUUUCCACCCUUGAGAACCACGAGCACGUCAAGGGCGUCGAGGCCGACCAGGAGGUCAGGACCCAGUAAAAGAGCGCAUCCGAUUUCAACAGCAUGUUUGAAGCAUUAGGCGUCAAGGACAACAACAUUGGGAAUGAUAUGACAUUAGCCCGGGAAGGACAGGUAUAGGAUGAGACUACAGUCGCCUGCUCAGAGAGAGAAGCAUGAUCUGGUGAUGGAUCUCAUGCGGGGCACCAAUCGCGGGGUAACAGCGAGAUGGAGGUUACCUAGUGUUGACAGCGACAGGGUGCCCGGGGCUUACCUGCCGGUUUCGCUGUCGUUCCAGUGACACUCUCCACUGGAGCAGAUAAAGGCGGCCAUUUGAUGAUUGUUAUGAAUUCAAAGGAAUAUUCAGUUUCCAAUUUGCACAAGUUAACUUGAA